AAACCUCGGAGCUCCUAGCAUCGUCUCCCUUGUCCCUUGGCGAUGGCCGACUGGUCCACGACGCUAGACGGCCUACCUGGCUUGACGGCGGCACAGAAGGGCAAUGCGCGACUCAUCCUAAUGGAGAAGUCCGAAAAAGAGGCCUCGCUGCUCGUAUCUGGUGACCCGGACGUGGCUGCAGAGGCAAUCAAGGCGGUCAUUUGCAACCGAGGCGGGACCGCGGCGGGAGCCGGGUCGCUACCGGCUGCUGCUGGUCAGGGGGCCUCACCCGUGGGGUAGCCAACAUGGAAAGCACGGACAACUCCGAAGAGUAUGCCAAACAGCUCGUCCAGCCUGCUCUGGGCUCGCCUCCACAGCUUGGUGACCUGCAACGCUUCCUCACUGAGCCGCCCGCCGCUCAGAUCCCCAUCAUUGCGAAUGCGCUGGACGCCGCCAUACUGACGCCCGCCCGCCGGCUGCAUUUCGUGGCCGCCUUGGGGCAGCUCGCCCGUGCCGUUGCUGUCAGCAUGACGGCGCCGCUGCCCCCGGGUGAUUCGGAGGCGUGCACAGUUAUCACAGAGCACCUGGUGGUGGUGUCGCUGCUGCUAGAGCUGGACAAGGCGCUGCCGACGGACCUCUGCAUCGGACUGGUGAUGGAGCGUGACCAGCUGGACAGCACGGCCCUCAUGACCGUGAAGUCGCGUGGCGGCUCGUCUCUGCGGCCUGACGGAGUGUUGCGGGGAAACAGCGGCCGACGGCUGCUGGCGAAAUGGGAGGACACGGCAUCAAGCAUGGAACAGGCGGUCGAGGAUCUGCGCAAGAAGACUGCGGCCUGGACGCAGCUGUACUACGGCAACAUUGAGUAUCUGCCGUGCUUUGCAGCUGCCGGCACUCAGCUGCAGUUCUAUGCCAUCUCGCGUGCUAGCGGUAUGGCCGCCGCACCGCGCGCUAUCAGCCCCCGGUACGACCUGACCCGCGCGGGCGACCGCGCCGAUGCAGUGAUGGCCACCAUCAAGUUCUACAUGCUGCUCCGCGCGCAGCAGGCGCGCUAUCCGGCGGACGUGCUGCCCGCUGGCGCUGUGAUGCGUGCACAUGGCCACGACUUCACGCGCGAGCUGCUGUUCCGCACGGACGUGCUGGCGGUGCGGAAGCGGUUGUCGCCUUGGUCUGCCUUCGCUUCCUGGUGCGGCAUGAGCUUUACACGGCUGCAAGAGCUGUACCGCGCCACCGCGGAGCGGCAAGGGCUGGUGCACGCCCUGGAGGACGGCCCUACCUUGAACGGCGACGUGUACUCGGUCGACAUUGUGCCCGUGGGGCUGCCAAGCAGCAACGCGCUGCCGGCCUCAGAAGAUGACGCGCGGCGGCUGCUGCACGGCCUGCUGCACGGCCUGGCGGCGAUCCACAAGGAAGGCUGCGUGCACCGCGACCUCCGCUGGGACAACUUCGCGUGCUCCCCUAGCUCCCCAAGCAGCCCAAGCCGCUGGUUCCUGCUGGACCUGGAGACAUGCGCCGCCGCCGACCAGCGGCCGCCGCCAGCCUUCGAGCCGGCUGGCUGGCAGCCCCGCACCACCCUGGUCAAUGGCCGCUACACGCGCGCGUCGGACCUGUUCCAGCUCGGCCGGGCCGUGCAGCCGCACUGCGAGCAGGUCGUGGAUUCGGCGGCAGGGAAGGCAUUCCUGGAAGCCAUCCUCACGCCUCCGGCCAUGCAGGAGCGUAGUGCCGAGCAGCUGCUGGAUCACGAGUGGUUGCAAUGCGAGGGCAAAGACAAUUGCAGAGCCGCGGGCGCGUGGCCAGGCGAGCGGUAGCCAGCUAGGUCAAGCGCGCUGUGUAGAGAGAAGGCGGAGGGGGCUACAUCGUACGCCGCGGUGCAGCGCCAGCGCCAAGGGUGGUGGCGUUAUGGGGACGAAGGCGGCGGUGUGUAGGUGAAGGUACAGCUUUUGGUGCCCGUGCUGCAAGCUGCCUCGGCGUCUGCUGCUGGCGGCUGUGGACUUGCCGUAUCUUCGAGGUUGUAGAUACCAGUAUGCAUCAAGCAGUAACAAACUAAACACCUACC